AUGUGUGUGUCGAGGUGUCUGCGGUGCGUCUCCGUCUCUCUAGUUCCCAUGGCGAUCGUCUGCAUGCUGUCCAACAUCCUGCUGCUGCUUCCUGAGCUAAAGAUCCACUUCCUGUUGGAGGGUCAUGUGACCAGAGAGGCCACCUGGGCCCCGGGCCUGUGGGGGUCCGGCUUCCUGGUGCUGCUGGCGGCCCGAGCGUUCCUGCGGAGCAGCAGAACUUCAGGCUGCUGUGCUUUCAGGCGUCAGAUGUUGGUGCAGGUGGUGUAUUCCUGUGUGUGUCUGCUAGCUGCUGGUUUCUGCUGUCUCGUCAGUGCUACAGCUCUCUCUCAGGGUCCUCUCUGUCUCUACAACACCACCUCCACUCUGACCUGGGGGGUCCCACUGCAACCCCUCCCAGACCGCCAUGCAGGCUACCUGUACAACAGAACUCUGUGGUCUGCAGUGUGUCUGCAGCCCCGGGCUGUUGUUCAGUGGAACGUGGUGCUGUUCAGUGUGAUGGGGGUGGCCAGUGGGCUGCAGAGCCUCCUCUGUGGGGCCAACAUCCUGAACGCUGUGCUGGGGCUGAUCCUGGGUCAGGGCUGCUGCCACAACAAGGUCUGA